GGCGUUUUUACCUAAAAUGUUGGCUUACUCUGUGUCACCCCGGAUAUUUCGUCGUCCAAGAAGCUAUCCCCGUGCCUUUGGAGUUAUCGCUAUUUCCUAGAGUCGGCAAAUAAUCAGUUUUACCUAACAGCCAGUUUCAUUCGCUAAUAGACAUGUCUCUCCUUUCCUACCCACCAAUUUCGAAUCAGAUCAAGAAAAGAGAAAUAUCCUGUACAGCUUGCUGUGGACGAACUGAAACAACUCCUUUGCAGAAAUGUCGCGACCCAAUUCGGUUGACGACGCUAAUCAGGGCACAGGGCCUGAUACCACGGCGGCAUACGCGAGCGAUGGAAGCCGCGAAAAAGAUAACGAGAUUAAAGAGGCGCCAAGCCCUCUACCAGGAUCGGAAUUCCCAGAUGGCGGCAAGAUGGCCUGGCUCACUGUACUAGGCUCAUGGUUCUGCAUGUUCGCGAGUUAUGGCUUCAUCUCCAGUAUGGGCGUCUUCCAGGACUACUAUCAGACUCAUUUUUUAAGCGACGAUUCACCUAGCAACAUUGCCUGGAUCUUAUCCCUCCAGGUCUUCUUCCUUUCGGUUGCCGCACCGUUUGCCGGUUGGUUUUUUGACAACUACGGCCCGAACCUCCUAGUUAUUCUCGGGUCCUUUCUACUCGUAUUCGGCCUCAUGAUGCUGUCCCUGUCCACCCAAUACUACCAGAUCUUCCUCUCCCAAGCUGUCUGUUGCGGUAUCGGUAUGGGCCUGAUUUUCCAUAGCGCAGUUAACUCUAUCUCCACGUGGUUUCGUCGACGUCGAGGACUAGCUAUGGGCUUAGCAUCAUCAGGAUCAGGGGUUGGUGGUGUUGUGCUACCAAUAAUGUUCGAUCGCCUGAACGAGCAGCUCGGCUUCCCCUGGACGGUCAGAAUUAUCGGCUUCAUGAUACUCGGGAUGCAGUUAAUCGCCAUAUUCACGGUCCGAUCUAGACUUGAUCGUAACCCAAGAACCAUAGAACUAGUCCAAUUCGUUCAGCCCUUACGCGAUGGAAUAUUCGUCACCACCAGUCUGGCAUGUCUCUUCGGUAUGUUGGGCAUGCUUAUCCCGUACGACUUUCUCAAGGCUUCCGCAGAGGUCAGCGGCGUCCCAACUAACCUAACCACUUACAUUCUACCCAUUGUCAAUGCCACCAGCAUUUUAGGUCGUAUCUUUCCACUGUGGGCAGGAGAUUACCUUGGCCCUUUCAACAUGGUAAUUAUCUUCAUAUUGUAUGGCGCUGUCUUAGUACUUGCCCUUUGGCUCCCAGGCGCAGCAAAUACCGGCGCAGUCAUCGCAUUCGCCGCCCUGUACGGUGUGCCUAUAGGUCUAUUCUCAGCUGCCAUACCCGCGUUGGUGGCUAGUAUCUCGGAUAUUAAAGAAAUCGGGUAUCGUGUCGGGACGACUUUUCUCAUCAACGGAAUCGCGGGUCUGAUUGGCAACCCGAUUGCGGGACUCUUGAUUGGCGCCGGCUGGACAGAGGGUCCUCAAUCAUACAAUGGGUUACGGCUAUUCUGCGGGUUGGCGAUGGUCAUGGCUGCGCUGUUUUUUGUAACAACUAGGGUGCUUCUUGGAGGAUGGAAACUAAAUAAAAAGAUCUAAGAUUUAGGACGUUGCGAGAUAAAAUACCGAAUAGAAUGUUAUUUUACUAUGAAGACUAGAAAGAUCCCAUAAUGCCAUUACUUGUGCUGGCUACGUACACUCGCCUAUCGCACCCUAGCGGGUGCUGCGUUUUAGUUUAGGUAGGGAUUGGCCUUAUAAUUGGGGAUUGAUCCGAAAUAC